AUGUCCAUACUGCCUAAUACAAUCGAAGGAGAGCCGGGGCUGGAAAAGUUCGUGCACUCGGGCUUCGGGUUCUGGACGUUCAGGAACGACAUCGCCCUCCUGAAAUUGGAGAAGCCGCUGGACAUCGCGAGCUCCGAAGGGUACAUCGGGACCAUAUGCCUCCCGCCCAAGGGCCACAAGGUUGAGGGGGACGUCAUCGUCUCCGGAUGGGGAACCACCCGAGAAGGUGGCAUGGGAUCGGACAUUCUGAAGGCAGUUUCGGUACCGGCCCUGGGGGACGGCAUGUGCUACUACCGCUACUUCUCCUUCUGGUCGCUCUUCAUCGGCGGAAACAUUCACUACGACAGCAUGUUCUGCGCCGGGGAGAGGAGAGGGGGAAAAGACUCGUGCCAGGGUGAUUCUGGCGGACCUGCAGUACAGUACGUCAGUGGCAGGGCGAUUCUUGCUGGGAUCGUUUCGUGGGGCGAAGGCUGCGCUCGCGCCGGAAAACCCGGAGUCUACACGGAAGUCUCGUAUUUUCUCGACUGGAUCGAGAACCGAACCUCGUCCACUCCAGUUGUUCCGGAAUACUUCAGCAGCACAACCGAAUCUCCUCCCGUGACCCCGGCCGCAGAACCUCGAACAGUGUAUCAAGUCCCGGUCACCGAGACUUGAUACUGUUUUCGACAGGCCGUAGAAUGUAGAGAUUGGAAAGCGAAAAUGCCACAGAGGUCCACAAACCAGUAGUAGACUAGAGUUUGCUUUGACCACUACUUAUUGUUAACGCGAGACGAAACAGGUAACGCCACGUUAAACGAUAUUGCGUAUACUUCUGUUUCU